CUUGAAGUUGGGGUGUCGCAAUAGCUGGGCGAGAUCCUGCCUCUCGAGGCCCUCGAGGCUGCCUCUGGGCGUGUGAUAGCCUCGAGUAUGUAUGACGAUUCGAGCUUCAACACCUUCUGCGAUGAUGGAGAGCGUGAGCAGGGUGGAGCAAGCGGCGACCAAAUCCUUCAGGGAGUGCAGGAUUUCGGCGGGGAAGUGGGUGUUUCAUUGCGGUCCGGGGACCCUUGGAACUUUUGUAGCGUUCACCCACUAUCCAUACGGUCGGGCCAGCUUGACCGCCACAGAAUCUGUCAUGACGGAGGCGACCCUGUGGAUGAUGUGCCGUAUGCGGCAAGCGAUCGCACCGUUCUAGCUCUAGUGAGUGGCGCUGUGUGUCAUUGGGAGUAGUAGAAGGAGAAGACGCCGGCGAGCCGCCUCACUGCGCAUUCCCUGGCCGCUGGGUCGAGAGCAGGCGCUAUGGCAAUAAAAGCGCUGACAUAGCGCGACCGUAGACGGCCUAGAAGAAAAGUACUAGCAUGGUUGAGAGGGCAAGGAUCGACGCCCACCGGUACAACGGCUCGGCCGUUGGGCUCAGCACGCAAAGGCUUGCCUACUUGGGCCGAUGUCGAUGCUUAGGUGCGGUCUCUAUCAGAGAGCAUCAUCGACUUGCUCUGCGCGAAUGGCGUGCAUCGGUGCGCUGUGCACCAAUGCGCUCGCUGCCCGUGCAAGGCAAGUCGAUGAAUGAUGCAAGCUACAAGGACGAUGGUGAG